AGCUGCUCCGGCAGUUCUGGAACAUUCUCUCGCGACGCGUGGCGCAGCGAGCGGCGUUCAGUUCGUUUCCUACAGCAGGACAGGCGAGAGUGUGUGCGGAAACAGCAGAACCAACCACCAUGUUGGCCACCAAGAAAGUUCAGGAGACCGCAGCUGUGGAUCUGGGUGCUCUCCUCGAUGAGAGUGACGGCGCCAUAGUGAUUCUGGUGGCAGGCCAGACGCGUCUGGUGGCACGCAGGGCAGUCAUGGCCGCCAGGAGCCCCGUCUUCGCGGCCAUGUUCCAGCACGACACACUGGAGGCCAGCACAGGUGAAGUCAGCAUCACGGAUACGGAGGGCCCAGUUUUGCGCCAGCUGCUGUCAUACACGUACACCCUCCAGGCCCCCCGGCUGUCCAGCUUGACCCCACAAACGCUGGCAGCUGCUGAUAAGUACGGCUUGUCGGCCCUGAAGGCUGCUUGUGAGCAGCAGCUGGCCACUCAGCUGACUGUGGAGAACGCGGCAGCCACAGCUGCCCUGGCAGUGAGGCACUGCUGCCCGAGCCUGACUCCGGCUUCAGUCGCCUUCAUAAAAGACCACAACUUCCGGGUAAUGGCUACACAGGGCUGGGCAGACAUGAUGCGUAGCCACACUGAAGAUUUGAUUGAAGUGAGUCGCCUGCUUGCUGAACCACCAGAAGAAAUCAGGAGUCUUUCGGUCGAGGAGAAAGGCAGGAGGCUGAUCCAGGCAGCUGAGGAGGGGGCAGUGGAAGAGAUACGGACUCUGCUCGCCGCAGGUGCUGACUUAGGAGUGAGGGACAAGUACAUGGGGACCGCCCUGCAUUGUGCAGCGAGGGAGGGACACGUGGAUGCAGUGAAGUAUCUGGUGGAGUGUGGAGCAGGCCUGGAAGACAGGAACAGGAAGCAGAGCACACCUCUGCACUUAGCUGCAUGGAAAGGCCACACGGCUGUGGUGCGGCUGCUGGUGGCUUGUUCUGCAGACCCCAACGCCAAGGGUGACUGUGGGUGGACGCCACUGCACUUUGCGGCAUGCUAUGGUCACACAAAAGUGGUAGCUGCGCUGCUGGAGGCGGGAUCUGACAGAGGCGCAAGGAAUGACAGGGGAAACACACCACUGGACCUUGCUAGAAAUGACAAUCACCAGCAGCUCAUAGGGAUUCUAACGUGAAGUUUACAAGGCAACAAAAAUCAGGAGGAAAACAAUCAAAGCAUCACGUCAUGACUUAACAUUAUCUUUAAAUAAAGUAUUAAUCCUGCAUCCAUUGUUUGCACCCAUCACUGUGUAGUGCAUUUUCUACUCCAGUAACAACUCAGCAAUAGGUACAACAUGGAUAGUAACGUAAAUAAUCUAAGUAUUCUUCCUCAUUAGGAAAAGAUCUGAAAAACGUUAGUUGAGCAACCAUUUUAACGCUCGAGCAGUCAUAUCAGUUUUGUAACAUCUGUAGUCGCCAACCAGCCUUCAUGUUCUUUAGAGUCACGAAAAAUAGUGCCUCAAUAUGUUUGGUAUUCAGAAAAAACUUUACUUUGCUUUUUACAUAAAUAAACAUAUAUUUCAAUGUU